GAAAUGCAAUUCUCAGUUCUCAGCCUCCUGAGUAGCUAGGAUUACAGGUGUGAGCCACUAGCACCCUGCGAGGGGUUGGAAAUUUGAACUUGGCACCCACUUAUGAAUUUUCUCUGCAUCCCCUUCCUCUCUCCACCAGGCAUAGUGAGUCAGCUUUGGAAGUGUACCAUUAGGCCACUUUCAUUUCCCCUGGGGCAGGGUGGAGGCUGGUGCAGAAAGAGGAACUGAGCCACUGACUUCUUAGGCCUGGGGGCAGGGCUGGGAACCUUCCUCUCCUCCCCUCUUGGGCUGGCCUUACUCUAAUGGGUGUCUGGUCAUUGAACUGGACACUGCUCUGAAACCUAUAGAGGGACACUGGCAUUCUGGAGAUGGAUUAUAGCAGCUACAGCCCAAAAUAAUACCUACCAGAUCCAUGGCCAUGAACCAGCCAGCUCCUGGGGCUCCCCCACAACCCCGCCGGGUGCGGCUGAAGCCCUGGCUGGUGGCCCAGGUGAACAGCUGCCAGUACCCAGGACUUCAGUGGGUCAAUGGGGAAAGGAAGUUCUUCUAUAUCCCCUGGCGCCAUGCUACAAGGCACGGCCCCAGCCAGGAGGGAGACAACACCAUCUUCAAGGCCUGGGCUCAGGAGACGGGAAAAUACACUGAGGGAGUGGAUGAGGCUGAUCCAGCCAAGUGGAAGGCCAACCUGCGCUGUGCCCUCAACAAGAGCCGUGACUUCCAACUCAUCUAUGAUGGGCCCCGGGACAUGCCACCUCAGCCCUACAAGAUCUACGAGGUCUGCUCCAAUGGCCCUGCUCCCACAGAGUCCCAGUCCACUGAGGAUUACCCUCGGUGUGCAGGAGAGGAGGAAGAGGAGGAAGAGGAAGAGCUCCAGAGGAUGUUACCAGGCCUGAACAUCACAGAAGCAGCACAGCCCGCUCCUUCCAUGGCAGCCUUACCCAAAGAUGUCAAGUGGCCACCUGCUCUCCAGCCACCUGUUGGGCUGUGCCCCCCUGACUCAGAGCCCAGCUGCCCGGCCCCUCCCCCUGGCGUUCCUGCUGGUUUCGGGCAGCUUCUCCCCGGGUCCCUGGCUGACAGUGCGCCUGCAAUGAGUGACCAAGUCCUGCCUGACCUGCUGAUCAGCCCCCACAUGCUGCCUUUGACCGACCUGGAGAUCAAGUUCCAGUACCGAGGGCGGCCACCCCAAGCCCUCACCAUCAGCAACCCACAGGGCUGCCGCCUCUUCUACAGCCAGCUGGAGGCCACCCAGGAGCAGGUGGAACUCUUUGGCCCUGUGACCCUGGAGCAAGUGCGCUUCCCUAGCCCCGAGGAUAUCCCCAGUGACAAGCAGCGUUUUUAUACGAACCAGUUGCUAGAUGUCCUGGACAGGGGCCUCAUCCUCCAGCUGCAGGGCCAGGACCUAUAUGCCAUCCGCCUGUGCCAGUGCAAGGUGUUCUGGAGCGGGCCCUGUGCCGCAGUCCAUGGCUUGUGCCCCAACCCCAUCCAGAGGGAGGUCAAGACCAAGCUUUUCAGCCUGGAGCAGUUUCUUAAUGAGCUCAUCCUGUUCCAGAAGGGCCAGACCAACGCUCCACCGCCUUUUGAGAUUUUCUUCUGCUUUGGGGAGGAGUGGCCUGACCGCAAGCCCCGAGAGAAGAAGCUCAUUACUGUACAGGUGGUGCCUGUCGCAGCUCGAUUGCUACUGGAGAUGUUCUCAGGGGAGCUUUCUUGGUCCGCUGACAGCAUCCGGUUACAAAUCUCAAACCCAGACCUCAAAGACCAUAUGGUAGAACAAUUCAAAGAGCUCCAUCACAUCUGGCAGUCCCAGCAGCGGUUGCAGCCCGUGGCCCAGGCGCCUCCUGUGGCAGGUCUCAGCACUGGCCAGGGCCCCUGGCCCAUGCACUCAGUUGGCAUGCAAUAGCGAGACUACAGAGGGUUGCUGGCCAUCUUCCUGGGCAGCUGUAUGGACUGAUAGGGCAAUGUGGCAGCCCCGCAGGCCUGGCUGUCAGUAGAGUCCUACCUUUGGAUCUCCUGGGAGUGGAUUUGAACCAAGGAUAAAGAAGAGAGGCUUGCUGCCAGGCUGUUCUUGAAAACUUUUGCCCUAACAUUUGUCUUCCUUAGGCUGGCCUCUCCUAGGCUUCGGAGAAACUCAGCCAGUAUCCACAGUGAGCUGGGGAAGAAUAACCCGACACUUGGCCUGGUUACAUAAGGAAAACUCCCAAAUGGCCUAUACUUUUGCCUUGUUGCCCCUGGCAAAAGGAGCCAAGGAGUGGGCCAGGCCCUGCCGACAGGGUUUCUGAAGAAUAUGGGCCUGAUUUAGAGGUUCCUUCGUGUGAGGGCUUCCACACCUUUCUUCCUUUGAGAUGGAGCUGAGCCUUUAAAUAUUACCUUUAAAUAUUCCUUUUUACUUAUUACUAUUUAAAUAUCACUUAAAGCCAGCAGCUAACCCACUUCUUCAGCCUAAGAAAAUGGAGAAUUAUAUGUAUUUUUUAAAAUAAUAUGUAUUUUUUUUUGUGCUGACACUGGGGCUUGAUCUCAGAUCCUCAUGCUCCUGCUUAACUUUUUCCAUCCAAGGCUGGUGCUCUACCACUUGAGUCACACUUCUACUUCGGCUUUUGUUGUUGCUCAUUGGUGAUAGAAUCUCUCAGAUUUGUCUGCCAGGCUGGCUUCAACCUAGCAUCCUCAUUCCUCAGCAUCCUGAGUUGUUAGAAUUACUAAAUUAAUAAAUGCUAAGAGCAGGCCUAGCUGUUUAUUUUUUCCAGUGUCAGUGCCUCCCACUCUGUUAUAUCAGACUCACUUUCAGAUGGAAGCUGCCUUUCUCCAACACCUGCCCUCUGGCCCGGGUCUCCCUUCCCGCGGCUGAGUCAGCAGGGCCUCCAACCAUUUGACUGGUUGUGCUUCUUGCAGGAAGAGAGCUGAGGCAAAAGUAUAGAAUACUGGCCAUGCAGUCUAAACUGCCCAAGUCAACUUUCCCAAAGAAAAUGGUGAAAAAGGAAUGACUAAAAUUCUAGCUACAUUUGGGACCACAAUAACUAAUAUCUCCAUGUGUAUUCAUGUGCAAUUAAAAAUUAGGACAUUGCUCACAAAUGAAUAGCUCAUCAUUUGAGCCUGGCUCUUAGGUGUAAUUUUCUGUCCUGAAGAAUUGUUGUUUU